UGCAGGGGUGCCUUCACUUGGGAGAGGCCACGCAGAUAAACCCCUCUGAACUCGGCCACCCGUGGAGAGCUUGGCACCUCCAGCACUGUAGCGCAGAGGCCAGUGGGGCAGGGAGCACAGCCCAUCUGGUCCUGCCCGGGCGUGAAUUCCUGAGCUGUCUGCAGCCCUCACCACAGCUUGGGGCUCCUCCAGGGCCCUGCUCCAAAACCCUGCUAGGCGGCCAGCUGACCUCAGGCAGGUGUCCAGGAGUGGGGGCUGGCACGACCAGCAGGUUGCUCCCUGGGCACGGGUCUCCUAGUUGGAGUUCAGGCCUGCCCUCUGGGGAUGCCAGAGAGCCCAUCACCCAGUACCCAGCAUAUCCCCAACGUGGAAACAGCGGGCCGCGCGUGUUCCAGGACCACAGUGCGGUCCCUUUAAGUGUAGCCCCACCGAUCGCCGUCGGGGGCAGCACUGAGCAGCCGGGCAGCCUCAGCGCCACUGCCUCGAAGCUUCUGCCGGUGCCGGGGACGCGGCGAUGCGGGGACGGCAGAUCGGGCACGGGCCUGCGCAGCCCACCGGGCGCGCGCAGCCGGGGAGCAGCACCCAGGCUGGCCUGUCCCAGGAGUCAACAAUGGAGUCGGGGGAGGCCCAAGAACACUGGCCUGAAUGCAGGAGCUCAGGAACCACAGCAAUGGCACCGCCUUUCUGGCUGACCCACCCCAUCACAGCAGAAAGUAGCCCAGAAAUAAUGGUCUGGGUCGGGGAGACGGGCCUGGGUUCCCGGACAGCUGGGUUCUUCUUACAGGUGCUCUGACGCCGGCAUGGAACAAGUGCCUAUGGCCUCAGCCCAGGCCCGCAGCCAGGGCUGCUCCGCCCGCUGCACACCAGGGCAAAAGCCCCCCAAAGCCGAGUGAGCUGCAGCCGCCAGCCUGGGGACUACUUUUAAGAUGACCCGCACAGACCCGCCGGACCUGCUGGUGUCAACCGUGUACCAGGAUAUCAAGGUGGCGGCCCCGGGGCCCGAGUCGAGGCGCCCACCAUGUGAGCGCUCCGUGGCCCGGCCUGCUGCCCCCACGCCUUUCAAUAAGCGCCACUGCCGCAGCUUCGAUUUCCUGGAGGCGCUGGACGGGGCAGCCAUGGAGGCGCACCCGCAGCUGCCGCCCCCGGAACCUGCCGUGCCGCGCGCCCGGCCCCGCGACGGCGAGCCCCGGCGCCGCGCCCGCUCCAAGAGCGCCCCCCGCGCGCCCCCGGGUCUGGUGCCCGCGCCCGCCUCGUCGCCGGUGCUGCCGCGCCGAGGCAGGGAGGCCCAGCGGGCAGCGCGGGCAGAGGCAUCACCGCGCAGAGAGCCCACAUACCCCGCGCUGCGCGCGCUCGCCAAUGAGCUACACCCCAUCAAACUGCAGCCGCAGCGGAGCGGCCCCGGACGCAUCGCGCCGCUGUGCGCCGCCUCCGGCCGCUGUGCGCCGCCUGAGACGCCUGCUGGGCCCGCUCCCCACGUCCGCUGCCGCCUGGACAUCAAGCCUGACGACGCGGUGCUGCAGCACGCCGCCAGGGGCUCAAGGCCCUGCGGGCCCGCCGAGACUGCGUCCUGGGCCCGCGCGGCCCCGCAACUCCACGGCCUCACGGUGCCCGGGCCUCGCCGCGUGGCACUGUCGCGCACCCCCACCCCCAGUGACUCCUACUGCGUGGAUCCCCGGGUGCUGUACUGCGACGGGCCCCUCACAGGGCCCCGGGACUACACGGAGCGCCGAAGCCUGCCUUUCACCACUCCACCAGGCCCCACGCAAUUCUUCUACACCGAAGAGCCCGAGGGCCACCCCGGCGGUUUUACAACCAGCCCUAGGCCUCCCUUCGACAGCUACUACGCCAGGCCCUUCCUGUCUGAGGGGCUCCCGGGGCCCAGCCCAAGGCGCGCGGGGGGCUUCUAUGCUGGGGAAGUGCGCACCUUCCCGGUCCAGGAGCCGCCCUCCCGUUUCUACUACGGGGAGGCCCCCCGAGCCUACGGGCCGCCCUGCGGCCCCCGCUAUGCCCCCGAGGGGUCCCGGGCCCACCCCGCUGCCCACUCCUUUUACACAGAGGAUUUCGGCCGGUACCAUGAUCGCGACGCCCUGGCGCGGACUUACCCACACCCACGCGGCAGCCCGGCCUGGGGAGACUGGGCCCCGCGGCCUUACCGCACCCUGCAGGUGGCGCCUCCGCCAGACCCCCGCCAGUUGCUUGCUUCGUGGCACGGCGGCACCGCCACCAGCCCGCCCCGACUGGCCACCGACAGCCGCCAUUACUCACGCUCCUGGGACAACAUCCUGGCGCCCGGGCCGCGCCGGGAGGACCCCCUGGGCCGCGGCCGCAGCUACGAGAACCUGCUGGGUAGAGAGCCUCGGGGUGCAUCCCCCGAAGGAAGGCGCCCUCCUGUCGUUGUAAACCUGUCCACCUCGCCCAGGCGCUACGCGGCGCUGUCGCUGUCUGAGACGUCGCUUUCCGAGAAGGGCCGCGCAGGCGAGGGCCCCGGCCGCAACUGGUACGUCACGCCCGAGAUCACCAUUACCGACAACGACCUGCGCGCGGCCGAGCGCCCGACCUCUAGGGCCUGGGAGCUGCCCGGGGGCCGCCCGAGGCCGCCUCCCCCAGCCGUCCCCGACGGCCCCGUCGCUGGCCGCCAGCGCAGCCUUGAGCAGCUGGACGAGCUCAUCACAGACCUGGUCAUCGACUCCCGGCCCCCGGCCGGCCAAGUUCCCGAGCCCGCGGCCGAGGGCCUGGGCCGCCAGCUGCGCCGCAUGCUGGACUCAAGGCCCGCAGGCCCCGGGGCGCCCGCGUUAGCGCCGCGCUCGCCGCCCGCGUCCGCCGGCAGUGCAGAAGAGCCUGCGAUCCCCGGGCAGGCGGCCGACGCGUCCCCGGAGCCCAGCGCCGACGAGGACGACCUGAUGACUUGCUCCAACGCGCGCUGCCGGCGCACGGAGACCAUGUUCAACGCCUGCCUCUACUUUAAGUCUUGCCACAGCUGCUACACCUACUACUGCUCGCGCCUGUGCCGCCGAGAGGACUGGGACGCACACAAGGCGCGCUGCGUGUACGGCCGCGUGGGCAGCGUGUGCCGCCACGUGCUGCAGUUCUGCCGUGAUAGCGACCCGGUGCACCGCGCCUUCUCGCGCAUCGCGCGCGUCGGGUUCCUGUCACGCGGCCGCGGCGUGCUCUUCCUGGGCUUCCCAAGCCCCGGCUCCGCAGACAACUUCCUGCGCUUCGGCCUUGAGGGGCUGCUGCUGUCGCCCACCUACCUGUCGCUGCGAGAGCUGGCCACUCACGCGGCACCCCUGGGCAGCUACGCUCGCGAGCUGGCGGCUGCGGGGCGCCUCUAUGAGCCGAACGAGUGCUUCUUGCUGAGCGUAUCGGUGGCCGUAGGCCCCAGCGCCGCGCCCCCCGGCGCCCCCACCCGGCCCGCGCCCGCGCCGCGCAGCGCCGGGCCCACGGUGCGCAAGUUCGCCAAGGUGGCACUAGCGGCCGGUAGUCCCGCGCGACCGCCCCCGGCGCGGGGCCGCGAGCCCGACAUGGAGACGUUAAUUCUGACGCCGCCGCCAGGCACCGCGGGCCUGGACCAGGAUGGCGAGGCGGGACGGCGCGCGCGCGAGGUGGCCUUCAUCCACAUUCAGCGUGAGCUGCGGCUGCGCGGCGUCUUCCUGCGCCACGAGUUCCCGCGCGUCUAUGAGCAGCUCUGCGAGUUCGUCGAGGCCAACCGGCGUUUCACGCCCACCACUAUCUACCCCACCGACCGGCGCACCGGCCGCCCCUUCAUGUGCAUGAUCAUGGCAGCCUCCGAGCCGCGCGCGCUCGACUGGGUGGCCAGUGCCAAUCUGCUGGACGACAUCAUGUAAGCCGCGGGUCACGCCCGUGCCCCGCCCAGUCCACCUAGGGCCCACCCUCAAACCGCGCCAGCCCACUCAGGCCCCGCCCAGUCUACUCAGGGCCGCCCCCGUGCCCCGCCCAGGACCCCUCCCAGCCCGCUCUGCCCUGUCCAUUCAGGCCCCGCCCCGCCCACCCAGGGUUGCCCCCAGUUCUCCUAAGCCCCGCCUCCAAUCUCCGGUCCCUAUUCACAGCAAGUUCUGCCCCAGGUACCGCCCCAUUGCGGUCCCCACAAGCUCCGCCUUUCCCUCCGCCCCAUCCACAACCCCUCAACCGGUCCCGCCCUGCUUCUCCCGAAAAUCGCCCUCGCGCCUCCGCAGAGGCCGGUCCUCAGCCGCUUGGUGCUCCCCGCUGGGAGGUGGGGUGGGCCUGAGGACCGCCCGGGCCUGCCUUCACGUGGAGGGGUCACUACUGCAGACCCCACCGCACAGAUUCGCUUUCCGUUCCUUGUCCAGGGCCGCCCAGAAACCUCCCCAACCUUGGUUCACCGUGAUUCAGGAGCCCAGAUCCAUCACAUCCUAGUCCCAUCCCUUUAAACACGCCCCCCACCCGCUUCCUGUGGUCUGGGGUGCGUCCUGCUCAGAGGAGUUCAUCUCUGGAGGACACUCUUGUUGGCCUCUGUGUCUGUGUCUUGACCACGUCCUGCCCUACGCAGUGCCCUUCUGCAGGCCCUGCAGGAGGGCGCGGGUUAAGCAGAGUGGAGGGGUGCUCGGCGGUUUUCACCUAAGGCGCGAGGCACUCAGCUAGAGGGAAGGUGGCCUGGGUCAGGGAAGCACAGGGUGUGGCUGAGGGCGCUGGCUGGGCGCCGGCCCAGAGCCGAGACCUGGCUGGGCGUCAGCCGGGCUGCGUGCCCAUGCCCGACAGGAUGACUCUGGACAGGCUCCAGGGCAGAGCAACGGUCAAACGGCAGCGCCGGCCCUCACCUCGCAGGGGGUAGGAAGCAGGCGAGGAGGAUGGAUAAGCAGGAGGGGCGGCAGAGGCCGUCCGGGAGGGGCCUUUCCAGUUGAGAGGGGGAUGCGGCUCUGGAGCAGGUAGCUGGCCAGGGCGGGGCGGGGGGGAGUCACCCGGAGCCAGUGCUGUGGGCUGGAGCGGCGGGGCUGGCGGCCCUCGGCCUCCGCUCCCCACCCUCCACCGGGGUGCACCGCGGCCCUGGCCCUCGCUCCACCGAGGGUGAGCGAUCAUUAGAGGAGGCAAGGCCAGACCUCGAAAGGGCCCUCCUGGAGCUCCCGGCCCCCAUCGGGGAGAGAGGGGGCAGCAGGUGAAUUAAAUUAUGAACGUUCUCCGCCUCCGUUCCCGGCUCUCGCCCGAGACCGUGCACCCCACUCACCUGCCCCAUUCCUCCCCGCCCCGCCCUCCAUCCACGCCUGCGCGUUCGCACCGGCCAAGCGCCCCGCUAGCUCCACCUGCCUUCGCUGCCUCCAAGUCGGCUGCCGUCCCGCGGCCCCUGGGCCUCCGCCUUGGGGCCCACGCCUGACAUCCAGCCACCCGGGAACAACCAGAAGUAUUUCCAGAGGGCGAGCGCUUUCGAACCAAGUAAAACAACUCGAAUGUA